AUGCGUUCUGCCGUCGCUAUUGUUUUGGCUCUCGCCAACUUCUCUCUUGUCUCUGCUGCUCCAGCAACAAAGGUGCUUAGUGACAGUGUGUUUGAGAAUGCAGACACCCCUACUUGGAAGAUCGCCGUCGUGGCUGGUGAGGACCCCGUUGAGUUCAAGGGUACCAUCCAAGAUGUUAUGGAGCAGCUCAAAGUUGACUACCCUGAGUAUGCCCGCAAGGCUCAGAAGGAGAUCGACGCUGCUAUUAAGGCUGAGGAGGAGUCGGGCAUUGAUGACGCUCCGUCUCCUGAGGCCCAGGCUCUCGAUCGUUUACAAAAGCGUGAUCACAACCUCUGUUGGAUCUUCCCAUCCGCUAGGGAGGGGCCUAUUCGUGAGGGAAUCCAGUAUUUGCGCGGCAUUCGUGGCAGCUUGACAGUUCGCGCGGGUCCCGGAGCCUGCGACAGAAUUAGCUGCAGCAACGAUGCGGGCAUCUUUAUCUGCAACGAUAACCGCACUCCAUUUUAUAUCCCGUCUUGGGACAAUGUUGCCAAUGCAGCUAGGGCUUGCAACAACGAGUGCCGUAGAUUCUGCUUUGGUUGCGGUCUUGAUACUGCUUGGUGGACUUCUGGACAGCGCUUCCAUGAUGCCAACUUUAACGUCAUUCUCCGCAAGCAGUCAUGCUAG